AUGGGCUGGUCAUAUAAUGAGGAGGACAGACGACAGAUGGACACUAAGAGCUUUAAUGGAUUCCUCGAGAAGCAAAACGUCCUCGAGAGGCCACCGUCCAGAUUGACUGACGAGUUCGUUGUACGGAUGGACCAGCUGCAUUCUCAGCUGGUAACGAGUAAUGGAUCUGGACCUCGCGAACGUCGCCACCGCACUUCGAUACCAACAUCGUGGAUGACGCUAGCGAGAGACAGAAACGGAUGA